UCUGAUUGGAUGGGAGGAACCUCGUUGCAAAUAUCGCUGAGUCAUAGUGAUGUCACUCCGCUCCGCCUGGAAGCGUCACGUGUGUAAAACCAGGAGGGCGUUCAUAAGUACAACACAGCACAACUCUGGAAGUCAGCAGCCUGUCUCGGGAAGUUAAACUUGUUACGGUUCACUUAGCUGUCAUUCCAUCGCGGAGCUGGACAUUAAAUUACGCAGUCUGUUUUUGUUUACCGAGCGGAGGCUUCAGUAAACUUAUCGGGUUUGUUGUCGACUCAAGGCUGAGCUUUACUGCUAACAAGACAUUAGCAAGUGAUGAACAGGGGCCUGGCUCUUCUGGAUGCUCAGCUAAGGUUACCGACCGGGCACACUGUUUAAACAGCACGACGCGACUGUAUUCUGCCCGCCACCUCUCCUACAGCAGCCGAAGGACCCAGGCUCUGGCACUCGUCUGCGGCGAGACUUCAUGCGAGUUUCCCACGAGUUAGCUAAGCAGCUAACGCUCGUAGUGCAGUUGACGGGUUAGAGGCAGUCACCGGCCGUAAGUUGACACCUCCAUCCUCCUCUCUGUGAGAUGGGUUUACUCUCACAAGGGUCUCCGCUGAACUGGGAAGAAACAAGGAAGUAUGCCGACCACAUCAGAAAGCACGGCAUCAUUCAGUUCCUCAACAUCUACAACAAGGUCAAGGAGCGCCAGAAAGAUGUGUUGAAAUGGGGCGACGAGGUAGAGUAUAUGUUGGUGGAACUGGACGACAAGGAUGAAAAGGUUCGACUUGUCCUGAACGGCGGAGAGGUUUUGGAAACUCUUCAAGAACAGGGGGAAAAAACUAACCCCAAUCACCCAACUCUUUGGAGACCAGAGUAUGGCAGCUACAUGAUUGAGGGGACUCCCGGGCAGCCGUACGGCGGGACCAUGUCGGAGUUCAACACCGUGGAGGGCAACAUGGGGAAGAGACGCCACGAGGCCUCGUCUGUGCUCAGCCAUAAGGAGACACUCUGUACCAUCACCUCUUUUCCAAGGUUAGGUUGUCCAGGUUUCACCCAGCCGGAAUACCGGCCGACUCCUGUUGAGAAGGGAGUGUCAAAAUCCCUGUUUUUCCCAGAUGAAGCCAUCAACAGGCACCCGAGAUUCAGCACGCUUACCAGAAACAUACGUCACAGAAGGGGGGAAAAGGUUGUUAUAAACGUGCCCAUCUUCAAAGAUAAGCACACUCCGUCUCCCUUUGUGGAAGAGUUUCCGGAGGAUGAUGGUGAGGGCGCGCGGGCGGCUCUGCCCGACCACAUCUACAUGGACGCCAUGGGUUUUGGCAUGGGCAACUGCUGUCUGCAGGUGACAUUCCAGGCUUGUAGCAUUGAUGAGGCAAGAUAUCUUUAUGACCAACUAGCAACAUUCUGCCCCAUUGUGAUGGCGCUGAGCGCAGCCUCGCCUUUCUACAGAGGCUACGUGUCGGACAACGACUGUCGCUGGGGAGUUAUUUCAGCCUCGGUGGACGACAGGACACAGGAGGAGCGGGGCCUGAAGCCACUGAAAAACAAUAAGUACAGGAUCUUCAAGUCGAGGUACGACUCGAUUGACAGCUACCUGUCCAGCUGCGGUGAGAAGUACAACGACAUCGAUUUGACGAUAGACGAGGAGGUUUACAAGCAGCUGCUGGAUGCAGGGAUUGACAAGCUUCUGGCUCAACACAUUGCUCACCUCUUCAUACGGGACCCGCUGUCUGUAUUUGAGGAGAAAAUACACCUCGAUGAUGAAAACGAGUCGGAUCACUUUGAGAACCUCCAGUCCACCAACUGGCAGACGAUGCGAUUUAAGCCUCCUCCUCCCAACUCUGAUAUCGGAUGGAGAGUAGAGUUCCGCCCCAUGGAGGUGCAGCUGACUGACUUUGAAAACGCUGCAUACGUGGUCUUUGUGGUCCUGCUCACCAGAGUGAUCUUGUCCUACAAACUGGACUUCUUAAUCCCACUGUCAAAAGUCGAUGAAAACAUGAAGGUGGCACAGAAGAGAAACGCAGUCCAGACGGGAAUGUUUUACUUCAGGAAGGACAUCUUCAAAGGCUGCAACCCGGUCUUUGACGGCUCCGCCUCGGCUCAGAACGGCCUGGAGACUGAAGGUGGAAAUGAGGAGUACACGCUGAUGAGCAUUGACACCAUCAUCAACGGAAAGGAGGGCGUGUUUCAGGGCCUCAUCCCGAUCCUUAACUGCUAUCUGGAAAACAUGGAGGUUGAUGUCGACACCAGGUGCACCAUUCUGAAUUAUCUGAAGCUCAUCAAGAAGCGCGCCUCAGGCGAGCUCAUGACCAUGGCCAAGUGGAUGAGGGAAUUUGUCGCCAAGCACCCGCAGUACAAGCAAGACAGCGUCAUAAGCGACAAGAUCAACUACGACCUGUUCAAAAAGUGCGACAGCGUCGCCAAAGGCGAAGAGCAGUGCCCCGAGCUCAUCGGAAAUCCAGUUAACAAGUUCAAAUGAAAGUGAGCGCAGGCGCCGCGCCGUGGCCCCAGCGUGCAUGUAAAGACAGACCAAACGAAAGAGGUCCAGUUGUAGGAAACACAGCAGCAUGCCUGUGUUUGAAAUGGAAUACAGAUGCUUCAAAAUAUAUGUAUAUACACUGUACGAGAUUUUUUUGAUUACAAAAUUAUUUUAAUAGGAUUAAGACAUACAAAGGGUUGUGUAAUAGUUGAUCAGAUGUGUAUUUAUUUUUGUCAGAAAUUAAGCAUAUCUGUGUGUGACUGUAAAUGUAGAGGAGAGUUGUACAGUAGUCUGCUUCUGAUCCUGAGCUCUGUAAAUACUGUACUGCUCUUUCAAACAUUAACACUGUUUUCUCUGUUGUUGUUUUGCUUGUUUUUUUCUCUUUUGCUAAUAAGAUCUUUCUUAAGAUUUGGUGCGUGCUUUUUUUCUUAUUUUGCAUUUCAGAAAAAUGUUUGCUUUACUCUAUUGACUUUGUAGUGGGACCUUAAAAUUAGUGUUGCAUUCAGGUGGAAAUGGGGAACCAUUGUUUGCAAUGUGAUGCUGUUUAACAAUAAAUCUAUAAACAAAUAAGCCAA